UCAGAAGCAGAUCUGAAGGAAAGUUCUAACAAGGUUAAAUCCAACAAAUCCCGAUCGUCUUUCUCAGUGGAACAGGUGUUGCACCUGGAGAGAGUGUUUGACCGUCAGAAAUAUCUGGGCUCCAGAGACAGACAAAAAAUUGCAGAGCAACUACAAAUGACUGAAGCACAGGUAAUACAGUGGCAUCAAUAACGUAAGGGGAGGGGAGGGGGAGGGGAACGAGGGACCACAAUCACAAUCAGACAGUUUUAGUCAUCGAAUUUCGGGGAUGACUGGGGGGAUGUGUGAGCUACAGACUAAAGAGAAAUGAUUCCUAGGCAGAUUCUUCAAAUGACGGACAGCCUAGACAUGGAUAACGGAUUUGCUCUAAGCGUCGAAUCAAGUCAAGUCAAUUUUUAUUUAAACUCACACAGAAUAAUGAUUAAUACAAAUUAGUGCUUUAAAAUAUAAAAUCGUGUGAUUGUGAAGGAAAAGAAAUUUUCAAUUGUAGGUUCAUUGAGCAGAGUUUGGGACACCUAAAUAGUUCGUGGAACUAAGCGAGUAGGGAGCUCAUGAGAUAACUCAGUUUAAGUUACUUAGAACACUGAUCUCCAUCAUGUUCUUGUUCUACUUCUGCAGGUGAAAACUUGGUUCCAAAACAGAAGAAUGAAACAAAAGAGGAAGCGAUCGGAAGACGCUGAGAGAAGAGCCAAAUUUGCCUUCAUCAACAGUUUAGCUUGGCCCCUGAACAAUGGUUACCAUGGUUACCAACCAUCCUACGACUGUCAUUCUCCUACGUAUCCCGACACACCUCUCGUGCUGAGGUCAGAGCUUCACCCAAAGUACGCAUGCCCGCCGGCCUCGCCUUGGAGUGGUCUGCCUCCCUACUCGCCACCACCACCACCACCGCCAUAUUGGGCAAGAUACCCAGGAACAUACUGA